UAAAUAGUUGUCACCACUCUUAACUCUAUGGAUCUAUGUUUUGUAAAAUUCUCUGAGAGAAAAACCAUCAUUAAUAAAAUCUUCCAUAUAUUCUCUUUUACUCUUUGUUUUGAUCUUGUUGUUUCCUAAUCAAUAUUUUUGAUCCUAAUAAGUUGAAGAUUUCAGGCGAAGGAAUUGACUCAAGAUUGGGGCUGUUUCGGUUCAGGUGUAUCUUGGUUGUAUCCGGAGCAUAAUUUUAUAUGCAGAAACUUGUGGUGGUUUCAGGUCAAGUUUGCAGCUGAAAAUCAGCAGCUUAGGUGAUGUUUCUGCCAAGAGUCAGGUGGUCUGUGUCCGAAAGAUUGAGAGAUGGUUUGGGGAAGUUGAGACUCACAGGGUUCUAAUGAAGAACUGGAGCUGUUGCUGUUCAUUUUGUGAGCUGUGUUCAAAGGAUUAGUCUGCCAAGGUUGAUGGCAGUUUAAGACAGCCAUCACAGGAGAUUUAUUGCCAUUGUUAUCAAGGGUCUGAGUGGUCAUGUUUGGGGAACUCUGAUGUGAUUUAGAAGCUGAGAUGAGACGGUCUAUGGAGUUUGUUUACAAGUCUACGGCUGAUAAGGCAUUUGAUUUGGAAUUGGCAAGCAGUGUGGCUCAGGUGUAUGGAGUUUGUUUCGAGUGUUGGACGGUAUAACUGAACCGCUGUUGCUAGUUGGCCAUUGGUUCACGGCAGAGAUGAGUUGGCUUGAGUGUGUUGGCGGUAACGAGCUUGUCUUCAGGCCAAUAGAAAAAAAAAAAAAGCUUGUCUUCAAGCCAAUAAAACAGCUAUGAGGAGCUACGCCGUUGAUUAAUCUUUGGAGUUGGUAUUAUAUAAGCGUGAAGAAAAAGCAGAAUUCAGAUUUCUUACACCACCAGUUCUCGCAUACUUCCAGCAGCAAACUUGUUGUUGCUUGGGUUUAAUCUCAACUUUUGGUUCUUUUAAACAAUCUUUAAGCCAUAUUUGAUUGUUAAGAACUGAUUGACGGAAUGAAUUAACAGAUUUUUUCUCUGCGAUUUUUUUAGGGUUUUAGAAAAAAAAUUCACGGUUUCCUUCUACUUUUCUCCGAUAUUGAUCACAUCCUUUGGGUGAUUCAAGAUGAGGGAAUCAUCUGAUUCCAAUCGUAAGAAGGUUCCAACAUUUGCGGAGAUCCUUGCUCGUGAAAAAAAAUCAAAAGAUUUCUCUUCCCCAAACCCCUCCACUUCUCGGAUAACCCUAAUUCCUCCGCAAACCGCAACUCCUCUACAUCUCAGACAAAAGACAAAUUAAUCAAAAACCCUAACUCCUCGUCCACAAACCCCAUAGCCUCCACUUCUCAAGAUGAAAAAAUCUUAACCAUAGGCAAAAGAAUGAUAUGAUAUUCUCAUUAUUUCUAGUUUCUUAGAUGGUGUGAGGGAAUGGUGGAAGGUUUCUCUUUCUCUUUCUGAUAACAAUCUUUUGAUCAAAAAAAUCCCAGGAUUUGAAGACAUAAACAAAUCAAAUAUAUCAACUGUGUAUGUGAAGAAGGGAAUUCUGUAUUGUUUAGGAGGGAGAAAGAAAAAUGGAAGUUCGUGUGAUGAGAUUGUGUACUGGGUAGAAGUGGUGGGGAGUCUCUGCCCAAAAAGCUCAGUGGUCCUAGAUCAAGACAUGUUUCCCUCAGCACCUCUAAUUACAGCAACAUUUGUGUUUUGGGUGGUGGGGGUCCUAAUUUUGGGGAGAUUAUCAAUGUCAAUGAAGACUUCAAAUCUGAAGGUAAUAUAAAUCAGAGUUGUGUAAAUCAAAUUAAAUCAUUUGUUUUCCAUUCAACGAAGAAUAUUAUAUAUGUAUGGUCUACCAUGACUAGUUGCAAUCAAGAAUUGCAUGUUCAACAAAGAAGGUGGGAACCCCUUCAUAAAUACUUAAAUGCCUUGGAACCCAUCAGCUUCCAAUCAAUAAUUCUUCCAACAGGUUUAUUAAUCGUUGUUUUGGGUGAAUCAGUUAAGUCCAAUUGCAGAUUGAGAACCACCCCAAAGAACAAAGUUUAUAUAAACAGGGCGGGGGCUGAGAUAAUAAGUGUUGUUUAUGUAUGUAAUCAAAACAAGGUCAACUGUUACAUGUAUAAAGUGGAUGCAAAAAAUAGGAUGUAUUACUCUUACCGAUAUUCCCGGGGUUGCUUUUGAUAUCCUCCCCUCACCGUAGAUUCUCGAGAAUCUCGGCACCGACACUCAGACAUCUCUCGGAAAAGGGGGACAAGGGCAUUAUAACAUACAUUACUGGAAAUUGAAUUCACUCCAAAGGAUCUUAAAAAGAAUAGCUACUACAUGAAACCGAGGGGGGACGCAGAAUAUUUGAGCAACCAUGUAGCACUUUUUAAUAUGAAUCAAUGUCCACACGCUGUUGAAGGAAAUCUUUUGAAAUGUUUAAUUCCAAGUGAUGGUGUACAUCGUCACUGUGUAGAUGAAGGGUACGAAUUUUCUUUUGAAGAUUUAAUCAUAUCAAAGGGUAGGGAUACUUUGUGGGUUCCAUUUCGAUGUGGUGGCCCCAAACCAGUAGACUUGUAUGAUAUGGGUCCUCUACUUACUGAUAUUGUGAAACAAGUACUUGUAAAGCUUGUAGGUUUUGCACGAGAUGGUCGUGACAUUGAAGAAAUAACUUCGCAGAAUGUCGUAUUUAUGGGAAGCAUUAAGGACCCAGGAAACCCCAAACUUGUCGACUGUCAAAUUUUAGGGUCAAAUAAUGGCACUGGAUUCCGGUCGUUGGCCGAUCUAAUUAUGCACUGUAAACCUUCUAAUUUGAGGGAGGAGCUUUUGAGUCCAAGCGUACGGUCUUUUCUUAGGUGCCUGCGAAAUGAAACUGGUGUUGAUUCUUGGAUCGGAGAGAAGAUGAAAGCUGGGGAAUCGGUUGAAUUACUAUACCACCCCGUGUUUCUUGAUUAUAAAGAGUUACAGAAUGCGCGACGGUCUAAGAGGCAAAGGUCAGUAUCACAAGAUGGAAGUCCCACUUGAAGAGUUAUCACCUGUUGAUUUUUCUGGCGACUGGCUAAAUUUGUUCAAGGGAAACAUCAGCAAAUUUGUCACAGAUCAAGUGGAAAAGGUUAUCAAGGAAAAAGGGUAUGGAUACCCAAAUUGUGUAACUGUUCAGGGCUAUGUAACAUGUACUAGAGACCUUACCGAACAUAUUAAGCAAGAUCUGAUAUAAAGACUCCAGAUUAUUUGGGAAAGCUGGUCAAGCAGAUUUCUCCGGGUCUUUUCCCAGCACAUUUUGAGAGACAUGGUGGCCUUCGAAAGAAAAAAAAGGGUGGCCUGCACCUGGUUUGAGUUCCUCGUGAUGUACCUGCCUGGACUUUCAUCUUAAACCACAGGUAUUCUGCUCAUUCAAGUCAAAUGUGCUCCGUCUUAGCUUUAUAGUAGCAAUAUCAAUCUUUUUGUGUUAUCAUAAUGUCUAUGUAGUUCAAGGGGUCCGUUACAUUUUCCUACGAGUUAUAACUCGAAGCACUAGUUAUUGUUUCAAAGACUCCGUUCAUACUAUCUGAUAUCUUAACCCCAUUAGAAACCUGCAGUGUAGCCUGCCUUAGAUAUUGUGUUUGUGUGCACUUGGUUUUAAAUAUGAGAAUUUUAUCUGUGUUUGAACCAUAUGGAGAUCCAAAACCCUGACAUGAUUGUUCGUAU